CUUAAAACAAAUGUGCUAAGGAGUAUUUUUAUCCUUUUCUGUUUCACGUUUCGAUGUUUUUCUGUUCAAAGAGGUAUUAGAGUUAUAUUCUUUGAUUGUAGAAUGCACUGAGGAAGAUCGUCUUUUCGCUAUUCAUAUAGCAACCUUGAAAUUCAAAGAAAAAUAUCCAAAAGUUGAACAGCUUUGGAAUGCUGUGAAUUUGUAUUCUGCAGAAAAGGAACAUGUCAUAAUUAUAUAUAAUGAAAAUAAUGUCACGAUCACAGAAAACUCUAUAGAUGGCUAUAAAAUAAUUUGUGAUACUUCACUGAAGAAUGAAGAGUAUAAUAUAUCUGAAACUAUUAACAGAACAUACCAAACUAUAAAGUUUAAAAGUGAAAAAAUUUGCUCCAUUAAAACCAUGAUCAAGGAACAUUCACAGACUCUGUUUAAAUGUCAUGUUAAUCUGUCUGCAAUUAGUGCAUGUCCAUUUAAAAUAGAAGGAGGUAACCUAAUCCAAAAGUGGUGCAUAGUCCUCUACUGUUGUUGUAAAGGAUACAUUCCUCUCGGAGAGAAAGAAUUUCCCUCAUCACGUCAAGGGAUUCCAGUGGAUGUUAGGGAAGGUGUGUUUUCUUUUAGCAGUUUCCAUAAAUCCAAUGAUCGUCUACCAACAUCUGAUGAUGGCCAUUGGUAAAGAAAUAACAGUUGAAAAAACUAGACUCUCUUGUACUGCUGGUACGUUUGUAACAUUUACACAUAAUGGAGAGACAGUAAAAGGAAUUCUUACAUGUGCACAUGUUGCGUUUUCUAAGGAAGAAUUGCUUCAAAAUGUGGAUCUGCCAUGCCGCAACUUGCAAGUCAUCGACAAACAUAAGCUUACAAGCAUAGGAGAAGUUUGUGAAGCCAAAUUUCAACCUUCACAGAAAGUUGGUAUAGAUGCAGCACUGGUUAAAAUCGAUGAAGUAUUUCUACCCCAGUAUGGCCAGGUCGUUAAGGACAAAGACAAUUUCUUGAAGGAAAUAGGAUUUUCAGAGAUAUCUCCUCCAUGUUUCUGCAAUGCGCAGGAAGUACUUAAAGAUGAUUCUGGUAACUAUACAACAACGUCAGUUUUCAAAUUUGGUGCUUCUUCAGGUUUAACAUUAGGAGACAUAAGUUUUGAUGCAGCAGUUUGUCGCACGAGUAAUCUUGGGUUUUCGUUAAUGGAUAAAGAUCCUGUGGUUUUAAACGGACAACUGCAUAUUUUUCCAAGACAUCAGUGUGGCCCAGAUUUUUUCACUCAUGGGGACUCUGGCGCAAUUGUUUUUCAAAAAAAUGGAGAGGAGAUAGGUGCUGUGGGUCUAGCAAUCGGAAAGAUUAAUUUUGCCUGUGUGGUUACUGAUAUCCGAUCGAUUCUUAACGCAUUCAAAUACGCUGAUAUGAAACUACUUCAGUUUCAAUGUGAUGUAGACUCCGGAAUAUCCAUGACUGGACCUUUGAAUUCACCCCCAGCAUUUUCAGAGUCUCUUCUUACAAAGGUCUCGAACAUUAACAUCUCGUCAGAAAGUUGCCCACCACAAAGGAAAAGAUCUACUGACCAUGAACUUAUACCAAAUAAUACCAUCAAUGUGCAAACUCGCAGUGGGUUGAACAUUGAAGCAAUAAAUAGUCAACUAAAAUGGCAGAGAGAACAGGAAUGUUUUACAAUAACUUCUUCAAUACCACCCUCUAGUUCCAGGUUGUCUAUAAGAACACCCGAUGCAACGAGCAUACAUUCAGUUCAUAAUGGCGAGUUCGAACUGCGAACAGAAACUGAAAGUAUUCGGGUCAUCCACUGUAAUUAAAUUUUUUGCAAUGCCAUAUCAGUGUUUAAUAUAAAAUCAUAAGUAAUUUCAUAUUCAUGCAAUGUGAAUAGUGGAGUUUU